CGGUGCCGCCGCAGCCUCCGCCCGCGGAGGGAUCCGCGAGUGCAGCCGGGAGCCGGGCCGCGCUCCCUCCUUCCCUCCCUCCCGCUGCCUGUGCCGCCGCCCAGCCUUGCGCCGGAGCCGCCAUGGGCCUCACCAUCUCCUCGCUUUUCUCACGCCUCUUCGGCAAGAAGCAGAUGCGCAUUCUCAUGGUUGGUUUGGAUGCUGCUGGCAAAACAACUAUUCUUUAUAAACUGAAACUAGGAGAAAUUGUCACCACAAUUCCAACUAUCGGUUUCAAUGUGGAAACGGUAGAAUACAAAAACAUUUGUUUCACAGUUUGGGAUGUUGGUGGUCAAGACAAAAUAAGACCUCUUUGGAGGCAUUAUUUCCAAAACACACAGGGCCUCAUUUUUGUGGUAGACAGCAAUGACAGAGAGAGAAUCCAGGAAGCUGCAGAAGAGUUGCAGAAAAUGCUUCAGGAGGAUGAGCUGCGAGAUGCCGUGCUGCUUCUGUUUGCGAACAAGCAGGAUCUGCCAAAUGCCAUGGCAAUCAGUGAAAUGACAGAUAAACUAGGUCUUCAGUCUCUGCGUAACAGAACUUGGUAUGUCCAGGCUACCUGUGCUACACAAGGAACUGGUCUGUAUGAGGGACUUGACUGGCUGUCAAAUGAACUCUCAAAACGCUAACUCAAACUGGAUGACUUUCACCAGGGACAUGUUUGAUAUAAGUGGUCUAGGCUUGUUACAACAAAACUAGUUUGCAUCUUGGUUAUUACAGUAUCUGGAACUGAUAUUUGGGCAGAAUAUUACAGCGUUUCAACUUAUUUUGUUGCCAAUUAUUGCUUACCGAGCUACAUGUUGCAAAGGUAGCAAUAUGCUUGGGUAAAAAUCUCCUUACCUUGGAAAAAGUGUAUCUUCUGAUUUUAUUGCCCUUGUUAGCCUAAAUGCCUGAAUAUAGUUAUUGUGACAUCUUUAAGAUCUGUUUCAAAUAUUCUUUUGAGCCCCAAUAAAUUAAUGUUUUAAUUUUUUUUCUUCCCUGCUACUUUUAGUUUACUGAUGCCCUGUUUCAUUCCUCAGACAGUCUGCUGAUUUCAAAAUGUAGCAUUCCGUAUGUAUUUAUUUCUCUCCCUUGCCAAAAAGAAUUCCUAAUACAGCUUGUUCCAGCCAAGGAAAUGCUCUAAAACACUAUAUCAGUCUACUGCACUGAGGAACAUUUUAUUAAUCCUUGGGAUCUGUCAGCCCAACUUGCCUUUGUGUGAAUUGGAUUUGAUGGGUAGAAUAGUUCUGUGCUGGUUGCGAAGAGCUCAUGUUGAGGUUGUUUUUAAUAUUCAGCAGAUUGUCUUCCUUUAUAUCGUAUCUUUUUUUAUGUUGCAUGUUGCUUUUUGGUAUCAGCCUGACUAUUUUUGCCCAGUGUAUAAUAGUUCUGCUGAAGUUUUAUUGUUUGUUGGUGAACAUAUCUUCAUAAGGAAAUUUUGGAAAUUCAUCAGACUCAAUGGAUUAGUUUCUUCAUAACCCACUUGGAAUUAUUCCUAAUAAAAUGAUAAAAUGUA